UUGGAGUCUGAUUGGAUCGGGGGAGAUCUCUUUCGGCCUUAGGAAGCUGGGGUCCAUUGGCCGAGAAAGGCACGACCUUCGCACUGGCUUACGCGUCCCUCCCCUCUUUAAUCGACAGUCCGACCCCUGUCAACCUGCCCGACAGGGCCAAGUUCAAACCAAGCCACCCAGGGACUCGCAGGGACUCGCAGGGAAGUUACCCCCAGAACUCCCAGAACUGCCCACUCUCAAGUUGCUUUAAUCCUUUUAGUCGAUUUCGUCCUUUUGGUCCUUUUUUUCUUCGCCAAGGUACCCCCAUAGCCUACCCAUAAACAACCAUAACAUCUUUAACACCCAAAAUUCCCAUCCGAUCCGCGCUUCCUACCAAUCUUGCCAUUUCUCGCCUUUUCUACUUCACAAACGAAACAACUACUUUUGUACCAACAAUCAUCAAUAUUCGUCAACGAAUCGAAAUCGCUAUUUCCAUCGAAUACAAUUUGUCAACUGUCAAUAUUUAACAUUCUACUACGACUACAACCACACUCGCUCUAGGAAGCGGUCGUUCAUUUACAGCCUAACCGGACUGAUUCUAUUCUAGCACAAUCAUGUCGGCUUCAAGCCAGUCUUCGACGAGCCCAGGUGGUGUCGAUCCUUUAGAUCUUCUCGAUUUCUCAGAAUAUGACGCAGCAAUGCAAUACCGAUCUCCCUCAGCUUCCCCUGCUACACACAACAAGCAACAAUUCGCGAGGGCGUCAGCGAUGGUAAAUACGCCGACUACGAUGCCUCAACCGCAGCCCCUAUCAGGCCCUAGCCACCAAUAUGACCAGUACAAGCAGCAGACGCCUUUUGUUCCGGGCGCCCUUGCUAGCACGCUCGCCAUCCAGAACGCCAACCAAGUGCCCGGGUAUACUUUGGACUACAUGGCGUCGGAGAUGAACACGAAUGAGGAUAUGUUUGACUUCAACUCGGCGCCGUCGCAGAACGCGAACAGCGCGGAUAUGGAUAUGGACUUCGAUUCUCAGAACGACGCGUCGUUUUAUUUCCCGGAGCAGACCGUUAACCCUAACGCUAUCGGAGGAGAAUCUCAGAUGACGUCGCCAACUGUCCCUAGCCAGACGAGCAAUGUUGGGAGGAUGUACCCUGGUAUGCAUCAACAGGCCGCUCUAGCGAAGGCGCAGGCACAGCAGAGGCAGCAGCAGCACCUCAUCCAGCAACAGCAAAGACAGAACCAGCAGGUCAAGCAACAUAGGUCGAAGCCUUCUAUGCCCUCCGACCCGAUUGUGGAGCAGAAGAUCACACAGCUACUUAACUCGAUGAGGUCGAAGGCCGGCGCUUCCUCUAGUGACGGAGGCGAGAACUCGCCUCUCAUGCAACUUCCUCGACCCAAGAAGGAGGAGGAUGAUAUGGAUGAAGAUGAAAGACUCCUCGCUAGUGAAGAAGGCAAGAAGCUGAGCAGCAAAGAAAGACGCCAAUUGCGCAACAAAGUAUCUGCUCGCGCGUUCCGUUCUAGAAGAAAGGAAUACAUCACCCAACUUGAGUCUGAGAUCGCGAACAAGGUUACCGAGAACGGUGACCUGAGAGCCCAGAACCGCGCGUUGAUGGAAGAGAACCGACGCCUCUCCGAUCUCACCCGCAUGCUACUAUCAUCACCUUCGUUUUCCAAUUUCCUAGAUCAUUUAAGUACCAACCCCAACGCCGCGCCUCAGCAGCAAGCUCAGCCUGAGCAGAGGCAACCUGAACCUCGCCAAGUGCCUAAGGAUGUGAACCCGUACACUGCUGGUCAGCAGAACCACCAGCACCAACAAAUCGGCAUGGUCAUGAUGCCUGAGCAGACGAUGGAUUUCUCUAUGUUGAACAUCAACUCAGAUGCCUUUAACUACCAGCCUCAAGUCUUCGCCGUUCUGGAGACGCCAGAGAUGCCCGUCAUCGACACCGAGGCUCUAACGGGCAAGUCUUCGAACUUCGUUGGAGAAUCUUUCGCGUCAGAUGCCGAGAAGACGGAUGCCCCUAUUUUCGAGGCUCCGACAAUGCCAUCAACCAAGGCGCCUGAGCCCCUAGAGACUGCAGCUGAGCCGGAAGUAUCCGAGCAUGUCGUUGCCAACCUUGAUGGAGACAUCUACGAUGAUGAGACGACUGUUGUCCCAUCGAAGCCGGCCGAGCUUGACACUGAUAGCCUUAUCUCGGUCGACAUCUUCAGUGGUAUUGAAUCAGAGAAGUCGUCUGCUCGACUUGAAUUGGUCGGUUCAUCAGAUGAGGAUGCCACUGCCAGCAUUGCCGCGAGACGGGUUGAGCGCCUCGCAGCGAACUUGGAGACUGUCUUUGCAAGACUAAGCCUUCUCGCUAGCGACUUAUAAUGCUACCAAUAGCAUGUCUCUUGUCUACAUUAUUUGUGGUAUACUAGUCUUGACUACUCCGGCGUUGCGAAAGGUUGCAUUAAGGGCGAAAAAGGAACGGCUCAAAUGAAACCCUCUGAUUCAUUGCAUACAAACAAUUUUUUCUUUAUACAUUUGUGGGAUUCUAUAGCGUCGCGAGACUUAUCAGAAGGAUGUUAACGAAGCGCUUCGGAAGAGUGCUACUUAUGAGAAACAGGGAUUGGAUAUUAUAUGGAUUGGCCCAUGUGUCGGUUAUAAUAGAUAGGUAGCUGACGUCCUUCCAAUGGAGAACGUUGUCAAAAUCAUCCUGCCUUCAAACCAGUUGUCUUUACCCACCUAUUCGUGAA